AACGGACAGAAUAUUUCUCUUACAACUACAACUACAACUAUUCGACGGAGAGCAUAUAAAUUCUGGAUCAAUUAGUGUAAGCAAUGCCCACCACUUUUCCCUUUCUUUCUCUUCAGUUUCUUUUUCUCCACGAUGGCUUCAACCCCAGCAGAAGAAAUAGUACACGACUUUCCAUCCUUCAUUCGAGUUUACAAAGAUGGCAGAGUAGAACGACUCAAAGGCACCGAUACUGUCCCUCCCUCAACCAAUCCCGACACCGGUGUCCAAUCCAAAGACGUCGUAAUCCAUCCAGAGACUGGUUUAUCUGCCAGGCUCUACAUUCCCAACAAACCAGAUCACAAUAAGUUUCCUAUUCUACUCUACUUCCAUGGUGGAGGCUUCGCCAUCGAAACUGCCUUCUCUCCCACAUACCAUAACUACCUCAUUUCACUUGUGGCCGAAGCCAACGUCGUUGUCGUCUCUGUUGAUUACAGAAGAGCCCCUGAGCACCUUCUUCCAAUCCCGUACGAAGAUUCUUGGGCCGCUGUCAAGUGGGUUGACUCCACUGCUAAUGGUGGAGAGGUAUGGCUAAAGGAGUAUGUUGAUUUUGAUCGUGUGUUCUUUGCAGGAGAUAGCGCAGGUGGUAACAUAGUACACAACAUGGGCAUGAGGGUCGGUUCGGAAGGACUGGAUGGAGCUAAGCUUGCUGGGAUGGUUUUAAUCCACCCGUAUUUUGGUGGGAAGGACUUGAUUGGUGGUGAAGAAGCUAACUUGGCUGGAAAAUCGGUUGCUGACAAAUUCUGGGUCUUUGUCAACCCGACGACGAGUGGGUCCGAUGACCCUUUAUUCAACCCCGCUAAGGAUCCAAAACUUUCGAGCCUGGGUUGCAAGAAGGUGUUGGUCUGUGUAGCUGAGAAAGAUUUGAUGAGGGAUAGGAAUUGGUACUACAAGGAGGCGUUGGAGAAGAGUGGGUGGGGAGGAGUGGUGGAGGCUGUGGAGGCUAAAGGGGAGGGCCAUGUGUUCCAUUUGUUUAACCCCAGUUGUCACAAUGCUUUGGCUAUGCUCAAACGAGUGGCUUCCUUCAUGAAUGAGAGCAAAGUCUAGUGAUUGUGUAAUGUUGUGAACUUACUCCUGUAGUUAUCUUUUUCAUAAGAAUAUGUCUAACUAUACACAGAAUCAAAUAUAGAGUGAGAUACAAAAAAUUUUAUAAAGAGUGCGUCCUAUAUGUGAGUCUCGUUUUUUAUAAGAUAUUUGUAUCAAAUUCUGUAUUUAGUCUCUAUAUUCACAGUAUUACUCGUUUUUUAAUGUAAUUCUCUUGUUUUUUUGCAACAUUUGAUUAAAUAAUGAAUAAAUCAAUUUACAAU